AUGCCUAUUCCUGAGGGCAGUGAGGACAGUGCCAGCAGUGAUGAGGACGAGGUAGUUGUGAGAGUGGAGCCCAGAAAUGAGCAACAGGAAGACAGCGACAAUGAGAGAGAUGGUAGUGAUGAAGGACAGGAUGAGAAUGAGGAGCCAGGCAGUGAGGAGGAUCUUCAACCAGGGAUAGGCCGUAGGUUGUUGUGGAAGUCAGCGAUCCGUGCCCAUUACCCAGUCCCUGCCUGGAAGAUACGUCUGGCCACAGCAGAAAGGGUGCAUUCCCCAACCUAUUAUUUUAGGCAGAUGUUCUCCCCUGAGUGUUUCAAACACAUUGUAGAGCAGACCAAUCUCUACUCUGUACAGAGCAAUGUGAACGCACCCCUGAAUUGUUCAGAGAAAGAGAUGGAGCAGUUCAUUGGCUGUGCCUUUCAUAUGGGCAUUUAUGGUGUACCUGCACAACGCAUGUGCUGGCAGACACACACUCGCAUUGACAAAAUUGCUGAGGUGAUGCCAAUGAGAAGAUGGGAACAGAUCAAAGCCAACCUCCAUUUCAAUGACAACACUAUGGAGGGCCCUCAUAAUCUAGGCCAAGAUCGGCUCUUCAAGGUCAGACCAUUUCUUGACUUUACAGUUGAGACUAUGAAAAGCAUCCCUUUGACAGAGCAUCUCUGUGUUGAUGAGCAAAUAAUCCCAUUCAAAGGGAAGAGUUAUUUGAAAAACUAUAACCCCAAAAAGCCCCACAAAUGGGGUUACAAGGUGUAUGUGCUUUGUGACUCCAAGGGUAUGGCAUACAACUUUGAAUUCCAUGUUGGAAAAAUUCAACCAGUCAGUGGAAUGCCUGACCUGGGUGCAAGCAGCAACAUAGUCCUGCGGGUAGCAUCCAUAGUACCUCCAUACCAGAACUUCAAGCUAUACCACGACAACUGGUUUACUAGCAUAGGUCUUGAAGUAGAAAUGGCAAAGAGAGGUAUACACUGCCUUGGCACAGUCAGAACAAACCGGUUGAAAGGAUGUCCCUUGAAAACAGACAAGGAAAUGAAAAAAAUGGGAAGGGGCUAUUUUGAGGAGAAGGUUGCUAUGUGUGAAGGGGUGCAGGUAAUUGCUAACAGGUGGCAGGACAACCGCAGUGUUACUCUACUCAGCACUUUCACAGGUGCACACCCAGUUUCUCAGGUCGAAAGAUGGGACAAAAAGAAUAAAGAAACAAUCAACGUGACAUGCCCCACUUCUGUUGCAUUCUACAACAAACAUAUGGGAGGCGUUGAUUUGAUGGAUUCGCUGAUAGCACUGUAUCGAACGAAGAUCAGGUCACGCAAGUGGUACCUUCGAAUCUUUUUUCAUGUCAUGGACAUGAUUUGUGUCAAUUCAUGGCUACUCUACCGUCGAGACCGUGAGACAAGUGGUCAGCCACAAAGAGGGGAACUCAGUCUAAGGGAGUUCAAGUCAAUCGUUGCUGAUGUUCUCUGCUCAGAGGGCACAGAAAGGGCCAAACGGGGGCGGCCAAGUCAAGUGGAGACUCCCCGAAAGAUGGCUAAGAGGAGGGAAUCAUGCCCUCAAGAGGAGGUCAGGAAAGAUGGCCUUGCCCACUGGCCAUACUAUACGGAAAAACAAGGCAGGUGCAAGUACGGCAACUGCUCAGGGCAAACAAGAGUGAAGUGCAGCAAAUGUGACGUUCACCUGUGCUUCACACCAAAAAAGAACUGCCUGGUUCAGUUUCAUAACUAA